AAAAUUCUUCAGCCCCACCACUCGGUCGGUCUAGUAGUACCACGUCGGUCUACUCAUGGCAUACCAACGUGGCUGGAAUCGGUUGCAGAGCUCGCCCCACUGGAAGCCCUUGGAGAAGUUCAAGAAUGAUCCCAUGCGUUUGGAGCUUGGCUUCGGGACUGAUGUCAACAGCACAGGCCGAGAGGAUAUACGACAGAUUUGCAAGCACAUGGGCUUGAACUUCCGCUGCGUGGGCGAUGGCACGCAGAAGCGCAUCAUGGCGUUGAAGCUGGACAUCAUCCGGGAGCGCAAGCGUGCAGAGGAAUUGGCCUUGGAUGCACCACGUGCAGUGGCGGGCUUCUACCGCGGAGCAUUGAAUGCUUUGCCCGAGACAGAGAAGUACCGCAUCAAUGCACUUUUUGUGCAGUUCUAUGGUGGUGACCGCGCCUGGUCCUUGGGUGAAGCCUAUGCGCCAGAAGCCUUGCAAGCCGAGGAGGAGGAGCGCCGUGAGAAGCGCCGCAAGACCGGCGAGGAGCCGGAGUCCUCCGACGAGGACGUGGAGGAGAUGCUCGGCCGCUUCGAGACCGUCCGCCAGGCCUGAUCGAGCAAUCGGGCACAGCAACACGCCAGCGUUGGACGGUG